GACGGUUCCGUCUGCGCACACAGCGCCCCUGGUGGCCGCCCGCGUCAUUCCCGGGAGGGAGCCUGACGUCAGCCCCCGACGUCUCUGGAAGGUUUUUAGCGUCCUCGACGGCCGGAUUGACACAGACGUCGAUUGUACUCCUUACGCUGCCUGUCUUCUGUUUCCAGGGUCUCUCUGCUUUCUGUUCCCACUGAUGUCGUGGGUUUUCCUGGGGUCCAGAGAUUCUGAUAUUCUUCUCAUGCCUGGAGCCCACUGACCUAUCCUCCUGCACCCAGGGUCUGCGAUUCCUUUAGGUUUCUAAAUAGGGUUUUUAAUGCAUUAUGUUGCUUAUUCUUAUAUUUUCUGGUUAUGAGCGUAGCCUUGAACGGCUGAGCGAAGCCCGUGGUGCUUAUUCUUAUGGCCAAAGUAGACUGACUAUAUUGUUCUUAAUUUGUAACUUUAAUUAAUUUUUAUAUAUUAGUAUUGACUCAGAGAUCAUGCUACUUUUAUUCUGAUGGUAUUUCCUUGGAAUUUGUUCCUUCUUUCCUACUUUCUCUCUUCCUUUCUGUCUCUUUUCUUUCAUCCAUUCAUUCAUUCUGGUUUUAUAUAUCCUAGCCUCUCCUAGCCUAUCUUUAUCGUUCAUGUGUGAGACAACCUUACUUAUCCCUCUCAAGACUCCCAACUAGGAAUCCAUGGAUGAACAUGCCCAGAAGUCCAGCAGCAGAGUAUGGAACAUGAGGCUGAGAAGAAUAGCUCAGAAUGUUUCUAAAGAAGAAAUUUCCUUUGAGGUAGAAAUGGAAGGAUUUAAAAGAGAGGGACCCUGCUUCCCCAUUUCAGGUGAUGAUUGGGACUGUGAGAACAAGGACAGAAAUUUGAGGCAGUCUCCCUUAAUUGAUGAGAAAACAGGGGCUCAGGAAGCAAACUGUGAGCAUCUUGGUCUGGGGGAGCGUUUGAGUACAAACCCGGCCCUCCCAGCAUCCCAUACAACAAAUGGCUUUCAUGUUCAUAACUCAGACAUUAAACCUUUUGAUUGUGAUCAAACCUUACAUAGUUGUCCCCAGAGUUAUACACCUAAGGGAACUGGUGACGGUGACGCUUGUGAAAAAGCCUUUCAUCCUUCCAUGGAAGCCACUCAACUUGUAAGAAACAAAAUGAGAGACAGACCCUAUAAAUACACAGAAAGUAUUAAAUCUUUAAACCACUUUACUACUACUCCCCUUUGUGAUAAGAAAAUUAAGAAAAGAAGCAAGAAAUUUUACAAAGGUAAGGACUUUGGGGAUGUCUUGUCCCUGAGCUCAUCUCUUAAUGAAAAAAGAAGUCAGUCCAUUGAGAAACCCUACGAAUGUACUGAAUGUGGCAAAUGCUUCAAACGGAACUCUUCUCUUGUUUUACACCAUCGAACUCAUACUGGCGAGAAACCGUAUACCUGUAAUGAUUGUGGAAAGUCAUUCUCCAAGAACUACAACUUGAUUGUCCAUAGAAGGAUUCAUACAGGAGAGAAACCCUAUAAAUGCAACAAAUGUGGGAAAGCUUUUAGUGACGGAUCAGCUCUGACGCAGCACCAGAGGGUUCACACGGGUGAGAAGCCUUAUGCAUGUCUAGAAUGUGGGAAAACUUUCAACAGAAACUCAUCCCUGAUUUUGCACCAAAGAACUCAUACAGGGGAAAAACCAUAUAGAUGUAACGAAUGUGGGAAACCCUUCACUGACAUCUCCCACCUUACUGUUCAUCUCAGAAUCCACACCGGCGAGAAGCCUUACGAGUGUAGCAGGUGUGGAAAGGCUUUCCGAGACGGCUCCUACCUCACCCAGCACGAGAGGACACACACUGGAGAGAAGCCUUUUGAGUGUGUAGAGUGUGGAAAAUCCUUCAACCGCAACUCACACCUCAUCGUGCAUCAGAAAAUUCAUUCUGGUGAGAAACCCUACGAGUGUAAAGAGUGUGGGAAAACGUUCAUUGAGAGUGCAUACCUCAUCAGGCAUCAGAGGAUUCACACUGGUGAGAAGCCCUAUUGUUGUAACCAGUGUCGUAAACUCUUCAGGAACAUCGCUGGACUUAUCCGGCACCAGAGGACUCAUACUGGCGAAAGACCUUACGAGUGUAAUCAGUGUGGUAAGGCUUUCAGGGAUAGCUCCUGUCUGACCAAGCACCAGAGAAUUCACACCAAGGAGACUCCGUACCAGUGUCUGAAAUGUGGAAAGUCCUUCAGGCAGAACACUCACCUGGUUGUACACCAGCGACUUCAUAACAGGGAGGGUCCCAGCCAGUGUCCCCAGUGUGGGAAAAUGUUUAGAAGGAGCUGGUGUCUUGUCCGACAUCAGAGAACACACCUUGAAGAGCAGCCCGUGGAAACGUAACGAACUUGGGUCAUACUCUUCUUGAGUGAACUAACGAGAUACAUCUUUAGGUGUGGUUUCCCUUGUUAACAGAAAGGAAUUUGAAUAUGAAAUAUUCUGUAAUCCCAUUAAUUCUGUUACUAGGGAACUCCUGAAGAGAGGAUUGGAUGAUAAUGUAGAAAAGGCUUCAGGGAUGAUUCAGCCUAUACCAAACAUGUAGUGCAUACACUGAAAGAAAGCACCCAGAAGUGAGGAAGAUAUUUCCCUAGAAAUACCCAUCUACCCUCACAUCAGGAUACUUAAAUUGGGAAGGACCUGUGAAUGCAUGCAGUAGGUAAUCGGUAGGAGGCAUCUUUAAUAGUGAAUAUCACCUUAUUGCAUAUAAGCAAAUGCUUAUUAGGCUCAAAGCGUCUAAGUGUAAUUAGGAAGAGAAGCUUUUGUCAGGAGUUUUUACUGUGUUUCCUGUAGCAGCAAAGGCAUGGUGGUAAUAGGUCUCACACGGUGCCCUGCAGCAACCACAGGAUUUAGUUGAGUUUGCUGUUUGAAUGCACUUCUGGAGCUGCCUCCAGAACGCUGAGGACUGCGGUAAAACUGGAUGUAGGAGUUGCUUGGGAUUGAAACGAAGUCGUCCCUCUUAAGGCUAAAGUCCUGUCAAUGAUGAAAAGGGCUGCUUCUAAGAAAUAGGAUCCAUUGCUUUAGCUGUUGACAAGAAAAUACUGAAUUGUUGUAUUUCGGUUAUCACCUGCCUUCACCAUUGUUAUCAUUUAGGACACUAAUUUGUUUAGAGUUCAGGUCCUUUGAAGCAAAAUCCAAAGGUUUUGUUGCCGUACUAAAAAUACUUAGAUCAUUGCUAAAGAAGGCAUGAAAUGGAUUAUUAUUACAAUCAUGGUAAGUGUGUCCAUAUUUGGUCGUCGGUUAGCAGUGGAUGAUGGAAAAAUUUAAUGGCUUUCUUAGGAGACUACAAUUGUGUACCUUGUCCUUUUUUUAUACAUUUUUAUAUAAUAAUUUGAUAAUUUAUAUAAAAGUGAAGCUAAAAGAAAAUGAAUUUGGUGUUUUCUUAGUCCUUUGCCAUUGGAUAGAGGUCAAAGAUAUUGUUAGACCUCCUGCAAAGGCUAAAUCAUGGUUACAGGAAGCUGUGAGCAUCUACAGGUGUGUAUAGACGGAAGCCUCUCCAGAAUCGGAGCAUCCUGAGCCUACAAUCAUUUCUUUAGGAACUUGGAAUAUAAAGCUUAUGGCAUUCUGGAGGGAGAGGCUUACCAGUCUGAGGAUAGGGAGGAGAAAGUUACAGAAAAAUCUAGAAUUAUCCUAGCAUGUUCUUUUUCAGUGCAACGCUGGCUGCAUGAAAGCUAGUCAAUUUGGUUGACAGCUUCAAAGGCCUGUGAAUAGAUCUCCUGGUAAUUUUGACUUGGUCCUGUCUUUCUAUCUUCUGGUUCCCAUGGAGGGAGAAUCGUACGUCUAUUUUGAGAUGAUUAAGGCUACUGAGUAGAUUCGUAAGGAAGUCAGACAUCUUAGUCUUCUGUAUGGAUGCCCUUCUUUGACAGGAAGAACUAUCGUAUGACAUAAGAUGGGGAUGAAGAGAUAGUGGUUAAGAGCACUUGUUAUCCUUGCAGAGGAGCUGGGUUCAGUUCUCGGCACCCACAUUGUGGAAAAGCUAUUGGUGCCUAAAAAAUAGAGGCCAAAGAUACUGUCAGGCUCCUACAAAGAUAGCUUUUGGAAGAGUUAGUCAUCUCAGAAUAGUAAGAGUGCUGAGAUUGAUAUAUUUCUUUUCCUUACUUUUCAGCUCCAUCAUUAAAAAAGAUUGGUCUCACGCUCCCAUGACACACACAAUCAUACCAUAACUCACAGAUUGUCUCUAUAGCAGUGGUUCUCAACCUUCCUAAUGCCAUGACUCUUCAAUACAGGUCCUCAUGUUGUGGUGCCCCCCAGCCAUAAAUUUAUUUUUGGUGCUACUUCAUAACUAUAAUUUUGCUGCUGUUAUGAAUUGUAAUGUAAAUAUCUGUCUUCCAGUGGUCUUAGGUAAGCCCUGUGAAAGUCAUUUAACCCCAAAGGGGUCACAACAUACAUGUUGCAAACUGCUGUUGUGUCGGGUUAUGUGUAUUAGUAAGACAUAUGGAAACCCCUAGUGGACUGUCUACAUCGCUCAAGGGCUGGACACUUCGUGUUUGUUACUCUCAAGUAAAACAUGAGUGUACCGCAGUGUUAAAGUUAGCAGGGUCUCUGCUUCUUGAUUCUACAUUCUAGAUCCUGGAACAGGAAAUCAGCACCAGACCAGCUGUGGUCUGAGGGCAAACACCCCAAGGAAGAGUUGCCAGCUAUGGAACUGGAAUGAGUCCACAUGGGUUUUGUAUGAUGUGUAAAUUGUUUUCCCUUGCUUGUUUCUAAAAUUAGUUUUCUCAAAUAAACAAGAGUAAUUGUUGUAAUGAAAA